CACACCAUGACCGAAAUCAAUCCCCUCGACAUGCUCGCCAUCAAAAAUGUCGUGUCGCGCUAUUGCCAAGCGCUGGAUUCCAAAGACUACGAUAUGCUAGGCCAGGUCUUCGUCCCAGACGUUGAAGCAGAUUACCCUUUCAAUUCGAAUAUGAAGAGCUUAGACGAGGUCAAGGAUGCAAUCAAGAACCGCCUCGGGCCAGUUCGCACGCACCACAGCCUCACAACACAAACCAUUACUUUCGGGUCCGACGCAAAGACUGCCCAAGUAAUGACAUACUUCCAGGGUGUUCAUUUCGGACAAGGCCCACACGAGGGUAAGAUGCUGUGCGCGUACGGCAAGUACACCGAUAACUUGGUCCUACAAGAGGCACAGAAUGGCGAUUUCGAGGGUGUGCAAGGCGCAAGCGGAAUUUGGAGGAUCAAGGGCAGGACGGUGACUUUUACUCAGCGAAUUGGUGAUGAGAAGAUUAUGAAGGAGCAUUAA